AUGGGGUGCGCGCCCAGCGUAGCCAGGGGAUGCUGCGGGCCCAGCGACGAUGUGGACAACCCUCAGAGGGCAUCUAAGUACGCCGCGAAACCCCGGAACGUCCCGGGGGCCGCCUUCGGGGACCCGAACGAGGGCCCCGACGCGCGUCAUCACGACGACGCGUCGGGAUCCUCGGGGGACUCGCACCUUCCCGCGGUGGUCCUCGAGGUGGCCGGGGAGUUGGACCCCGCCAUCCGCCGUGCGCUCGCGCCGGUCCUCAGCAAGGGUCGCGCGCGGACCCUGGGAGACGAGUACGACGAGACCGACGCCAAGCAGCUGGGUAAGGGUGCCUUCAGCGUCGUGUACGCGGUGAGGCAUCGAAAAUCGGGAACUCGAUUCGCUGCAAAGGUGGUCAAGAUGCGAGGGAUGACCGACGACCAGCGGCGGAACACGGUCAGGGCGCUGAUGUGCGAGGCGGGCGUCUCCGCCGUGGUCAGGCACCCGACGAUCGUGGGGUUCCACGACCUCAUAUUCGAGGAGUCGCGGUGCAUCCUGGUCCAGGAGUACUGCCGCGGCGGGACGCUGCUGUCGAUGGUCCAGCACCAGGUGGACAAGAAGCGACACGAGCGACGCGCCGCCGCCGCCGCCGCGCGCAAGCGCGUCCUCGACGGGUACGACGAGAGCUUCGCGGGCGGCGGCGGCGGGCGCGGCGGGAAUCGAACCCGCGACACAGCCGUGGACGACGAGGGCGACCGCGCGGGCGCCGCCGCCUCCGCGAGGGUAGCCUCCGUCGUCGGCGGCGGCUUGCCCGAGGGGGACGCGAUCGUCGCCCUCCGCCGCCUGGCCGAGGCGCUCGCGCACCUCCACGAGCGCGGGUUCGUUCACAGGGACGUCAAGCUCGAGAACUUACUGUUGGGCUCCCCCGGGGACCUGCGCACGCUGAAGCUCGCGGAUUUUGGAUUCGCGACGGCGGCGUCGGAUCGAGACGGCUGCAGGUCCCGCGCGUUCCUCGCCAAGGACCUGACGGGGGACAGGCUCCAGGGGACCGUGGAGUACGCCGCGCCGGAGGUGCUCGCGGACAUAGGGAUGACCGCGCCGGGUAAGAACGGCGAGCUGGGGAUGCUGACGGAUACCCGGGGCAGGCGGCUGCGCCCCGAUCGGCCGAGCAACACGCGACCCGAGGUUGACCUUUGGUCCGCCGGGGUCACCGCGUUCAUCGCGCUGGGGGGGUAUCACCUGUUCGACGCGAGCAAGGAGUCGCUGGGGCUUCGCAGGCGCAUGGACGUCACCCUGCAGAGGGAGUACGAGAAACCGGUGUGGAGCAACAUCUCCCCGGAGGCAAAGCGAGUGAUCCAGGCUCUGCUCAGGUCGGAGCCGGGGGAUCGGCUCACCGCCGAGCAGCUCCUCGCAGACAGGUGGCUCGCGGGCGAGGAAGUCGCCGAGACCAACCCGCCGAUGUCCCCGAGGAUGUCCCCGAGGAUGUCGCCCAGGAUGUCGCCCAGGAUGUCGAACCUGAACGGCAAGAUGGGGAACGGGGGGUCCCCGCGAGGAAGGGAGGCCCCCGCGCGAGUGAGCCCUCGGCGAGCGCCCCUGUCGUCCGCGGAGGACUCCGAGUACGUGUAA